AAGCUUCAUCUAAUGAACAGGAUGAAGAAUUGUAUUUUGUUGAAUUUUCACGAAAUAGUUCAUUAAAUAAUAAUGAACUAGAGUCAGAUAAUGAAAGUAUCGAUGAAAUUCAAAUUGAAGAGAAUGUUAGGGGCAGAGGUAGUAGAG